UGGUGCUGCCGAGGAGGACCGAACGCAUUGACGUCACCAUCGGAGGUUGCUAGUGGGUCAGCCAGCUAUGGAUUUGACAAACAGGGCAGGUGAAGGUGCAGGCGAGAUGAGGGCAUCUCGUGGUCAGCAUGAAGAAGGCGUCCUUGCACGAAGAUGACCGUACAUGGCGAGUUCGGCGGAGUUAAGCAGUAAUUUACAAUAUGAAGUUGAUCAAUGGAUUUCCCUCCUGGAGGCGGGUCGAUGUCGAUUGCAGGGUCUGGUGGAUGCCUUAUCCACAACAGCCAACACCUGGCCAGAGGUCGAUGGGGGAGCGGCCUCGGGAUUGGAGCAAUGGGUGGAGGACAUGACUCAGUCUAUCAUGGAGAUCAUCUGGGAAGCUGAGGAGGGGCCAGACCCGCGUUUGGACACUUUCAUCAACUGGGGGCAUGUCGAUAUCUUGAUGGAGAGAUAUUAUGAGCUUUUCGACGAGGCUCAUGUCCUGCGAACUACAUUGGAAAAGCGUGCACAGGAGGGGCUCGUCGAGUAUGAUGACAAGUGUCCGCAACAGACUGUGACGGUUGCAACAACGAUUACAACAACGACAACUAUUGAUAUGGUGAUGUUUACAUCAGCAUCUAUGACACUCACGAUGAUAACAUCAGCGACAUUGAUCAGACCGAUAGAGCUUGUGAUUACGACGCUGACAUCUACACAGGACAUUAAGAUCAACAAUAACAACUGCACCAACUACAACAGCACUGCGCACGACAGUGGUAUGGAAGAAGGGAUCCUGAGCUCGUGCGGCCCUCGGAGCGAUAGCAACUACAACAACACCAAUAACGACAACGAUACUGCCAGGGAUAUCGACAACAACACCAACAAUAAUAACAACAACAUUGAUGCCGCGGAAACUGAUGUUGUGGCUUGAAUAGAGAUUUCCCCACUUGAGUGGUCAGUGGCUAAUUAGAAUCCUGGGGGGAAGCUCAUCGUGACUAUCGACAAUAAAAACAUGGGUUUUCG